UGGGACCCCCUCGGCCCUUGCCCGGGCGGGACGCCGCCGCUGCCUCCGGGGCCGCCGGACGGGUCGCACAAAUGCUUCCCCUCCCGCCCCGGCGAGGCCUCCUGGAGCCUCGGCGGCGACUCCCGGCGCGGGGCUUCCCGCCGCACGGCCGGGCCGCGCCCCGCUAACGAGGCCGAGGCGCGAUGGCCGCAGCUCCCGCCCCAGCGGAGGCGGCCGGGGCGGGGCCGGGCGGGGCUUGCGGCGCGGCGGGCGGGCGGGCGGAGAGGCGCGGUGCCGAGUCCCGUUAGGAGCAGCGCGGAGCCCGCGGAGAGCCCCACCGGCGCAGGAGCAGCGACCUGCCGUGCCCAGUCCGCCGGGAAGAUGCCGAAAACGGUCGUCAAGACAAUUGGUCUAAGAGAGGUCUGGUUUUUUGGACUUCAGUAUCAGGACACCAAGGGCUUCUCAACAUGGCUGAAAUUGAACAAAAAGGUAACGGCACAGGAUGUACGCAAAGAAAGCCCCCUGCUUUUCAAAUUCCGUGCCAAGUUUUACCCGGAGGAUGUGGCAGAAGAGCUGAUCCAGGACAUCACACAACGCCUUUUCUUCCUCCAAGUGAAGGAGGCAAUUCUGAAUGAUGACAUUUACUGCCCUCCAGAAACAGCCGUCCUUCUGGCUUCCUAUGCUGUCCAGUCAAAAUACGGAGACUUCAACAAAGAGACACACAAAUCUGGCUAUCUUGCUGGUGACAAACUGCUCCCACAGAGAGUCCUGGAGCAGCACAAGCUCAACAAGGACCAGUGGGAGGAGAGGAUCCAGGUCUGGCACGAGGAGCAUCGAGGAAUGAUUAGAGAAGAUGCUGUCUUGGAGUACCUGAAAAUUGCACAGGAUCUGGAAAUGUAUGGUGUGAAUUACUUCAACAUUAAGAACAAGAAGGGCUCUGAACUCUGGCUAGGUGUAGAUGCUCUUGGACUUAACAUUUAUGAGCAGAAUGACAGGCUAACACCAAAAAUUGGAUUCCCUUGGAGUGAGAUCAGAAAUAUCUCAUUCAAUGACAAGAAAUUUGUUAUCAAACCUAUUGACAAGAAAGCACCAGACUUUGUAUUCUAUGCCCCCCGGUUACGGAUUAACAAACGAAUCUUGGCUCUUUGCAUGGGGAACCACGAGCUCUACAUGCGCAGACGUAAACCAGAUACCAUUGAGGUGCAGCAGAUGAAAGCACAGGCGCGGGAAGAGAAGCAUCAGAAACAGAUGGAGAGAGCAUUGCUGGAGAAUGAGAAGAAGAAGAGGGAGUUGGCAGAAAAGGAGAAGGAGAAGAUUGAACGUGAGAAGGAGGAGCUAAUGGAGAGACUCAAGCAAAUUGAGGAGCAAACCAAGAAAGCUCAGCAAGAACUGGAAGAACAGACCCGCAGAGCCAUGGAGCUGGAACAGGAGAGGAAACGAGCUCAGGAGGAAGCAGAGAAACUGGCUAAAGAACGUAGAGAAGCAGAAGAGGCAAAGGAGGCCCUAUUGAAAGCAUCCCAUGAUCAACAGAAGACCCAGGAACAGCUGGCUGCUGAGAUGGCAGAACUCACAGCAAGGAUCACGCAGCUGGAGCUGGCCCGGCAGAAGAAAGAGAGCGAGGCCCAGGAGUGGCAACAGAAGGCACAGAUGGUGCAGGAGGACCUAGAAAAGACCAGAGAGGAGCUGAAGACUGCCAUGAGCACCCCUCAUGUCCCUGAACCCAUGCAUGCGGAGAACGAGCACGAUGAUGAGCACGAUGAGAACGCGGCAGAAGCCAGCGCGGAGCUGCGGUCGGAGGCCACCAUCAAGGACCGCAGCGAGGAGCAGCGGACCACUGAGGCAGAGAAGAACGAACGGGUCCAGAAACACCUGAAGGCUCUCUCCUCGGAGCUGGCAAACGCUCGGGAUGAAACCAAGAAGACGGCCAAUGAUAUGAUCCACGCUGAGAACAUGCGUCUGGGCCGAGACAAGUACAAGACCCUCCGUCAGAUUCGGCAGGGCAACACCAAGCAGCGCAUUGAUGAGUUCGAGUCCAUGUAAACUCCCCUGCACCCGCUGCCCUGCGCUCUCUUCUCCCUCUGUCCCAUCCUCUCUGUCAUUCACUCCUAAUCAUGCUGCGCUGGAACCACUACAGAAGAGUGACCAUGAUCUUAUUUAUCAAGUUUUGGGCAAAUGCUGGGUUAAGCAACAGAAGAAAGAACGGUAUUUACGUUUUCUUAAGUUGGCUUGGGAAAGCAAACGUUUAUUGGGGCAUGUCUGAAAUUGUUUGGCUUUGAGUACAGUCUCACUGCGUUUAGUUUUAUAUUGCUCGCUGCAGUGGCUGCAUUGCUGUCCUCUGCCCUGGGGUGGGGAGACCAGCAGAUGCUUUUACCGAAUUACGUAAAGUGCUAACGGUUUGACGCUGUGCCUUCCUACUAACUUGCACAAGCUUCAGUAUUAAGCUUAGUAGCCAGGGUCUGAAUCAUGUAGCUGAGAAGGGGAGGCUGGAGCUUAGGAAGAAGGGUUGGAAGUAGAAUAUGGACUUUCUUUCUAAAAGACCAAAGCUUUUGUCCUUCAAACAUAAGCAGACCAAACAAAUUCUACGGUGUUCCUGCUGGUUUUACCUUUUGUUGUCUAAUGAUGCAACUUUGAAUUUCCUAAUCACGAGGAGGCCUUUGGAAUAUUUCCACUGAUGCAGUGUGGUUUGGAGCCUCACCUUCCCUGCUCUCCAGAAGUUUUGUCUCUGGUAAAGGGCUUUGUCUGUCAUUUGUCUGACUUGAAUGUAACCAGUGAGGCAGAGAGAGCUAAAGAACACUUGCCUUCUUUUUUGGGUUUGCCAAUGGAACCCUAAAGGGGUAGAUAGACACGUGAAAGACUAAAAAUUCCUGUAGCUGUAUUCUUCCUUUGCUGAACCAGUACAUUUCUGUGAACGGGAUUUCAGGUUUUUCCCUAAGAGGCCUUUUUAGCACAUAGUCAUUGGUGCCUUAUGACUGUGUAUAGAUCUACUGUAGCUUAGAUGUCUUUAGUUUAAACUAGAUGCAAUCAAAAAGUGAUCAGCAGCUGGGGACCAAAAACUACUCUUGUAUCUGGAUCAUGUACAAGACUGCAUCUGUAUUCCUGGCGUCAGUCAGCAUUCAAGGGCAGAGGAUCCUGAGACGUUUGUCCAAUUGCUGCCUUAAUCACCAUAAGAAUUCUGCCAGAUCCCUGGCAAGUCCUUUCCUUCCGCAGAAGGUGCUUUGCCCCUUCGUAGCUUUGAUCAGAAGGCUGUGUCUCCCGAAGUGGGACGCUAGUGGUUGUGAGACUGGUCCUGAGAGCCGUUUGUACCGGUGGUUGUGAUACUCAUCACCUCCCGUCUUCCGAGCUGUCCAUGCUGCAGCUGCCCAGCGUCCCUCCUGCCGUCGCUGGGGAGGAAACAGCCCCGUUUGCUCAGGGUUGAAUUGGGUUUUGCCUUGAUUCUCCAGAGAAGGAAAUGUAACCUUCACAAGAGGCCUCUUAAAAACGGAGUCCACCUGUAGUGGAGUCCCUGUUUGCUUUGCUCUCCUGGCUUAGCCUGUCCCUAUAGGAAGUUGUCAGCCCAGCCUGUGACUUAUUUUCUUGCCUAGCCUGCUCCUAGAUCUUGUGACUUCCCAGUUUUCUGGAUUCCCCCUUUGUAUGAUGUCACUGGUAGUGAUGAUACAAGGAAAACAUCUGAAUGCUAGAGCUCGCUACUUAGUGGGAAAGGUAAAGGGGGACUGUGCCAAAAAGAAAUGCUCAUUAUAGUGUUAAUAAACGGCAGUAUUUCCCCAGGAGUUCCUUGGGCUGCUGGGAACAGCCUUACCGGUGCGGUGUUAUUUUCGGAAGCAGCAGCAGCCGGCGCGGGGGCGCGCGCGGGUCGCCCGGUCGGCGUGCUGCCGUCGGCGUCCCCGGCAGUGCCGCGGGAGCCCCGUCCCCGACACGGCGGCUGAGGGGACGUGGCGCGAGAGGCUUUUGUUGGCCAGAAACACGCACCUCGGUACUUGGAAAGUCUCAAAUGAAGGUUGCGGCGGAAUUCGUCAGAACUGAUGUGUGUGUUUCUGUACUGGUUGGCACUGGCUUUAUGUGAGUCUCGUUACUGGGGAACAGACAACUUCACACUCCGUUUUGGUGCUUUAAAGCUGGUUCUCAGCACUCCUGCUCUGUCCAUAGCAGCUAUUGAUGCAUUUGCCGUGAGAAAAGCCUUUAUUACAUUUUUAACAGUUUCCUAACAAGCUGAUGUAUGGUGCCUGGAAUAUGUGGUCAGGUUAAUAACCCAGUAAACCUUUCUGCUUUGAUGGGUCCCACAACACUGCUGAGCUCAUGUAUUAUGAUGCUGGCAUGACUUCUGUUUAUAGGGUUUUUUAAUCGUUCUAAUUCCAAAUUGUCCAAUAUAGGAAUAGAACGGCUUGUGCCAGUGAGUCCACCUAACUCUUUGUAGUUGUUUCAGCCCUGCCUUCUUAACCAGUAUUAUAUUUCAGUGGUAUCUAAUGAUAUUUGAUUUCAAUACUUCUAGCUAUGCACAAUUAGAAAAUAUUAGUCAUGGGAUGGAGGAUGUGUUUAUGGUCCUCCUUCCCUUGGAAAUGUAUACUGUAUUGUAAAGAAAUGAUAUUUUGCAAGAAAACUAAUGUAAGAAGCUUUCAGUAUUACAGUGAGAUUUGUAGACACGUUUUUUAUUUGUUAGAAUACAAUGGAUUGUUCUUCCUCUCCGUGUUCCCCUUUAAUUGGAUGACGACUCCUUCUGGGGGCGGGGAUGGAAGUUCUUCAUCUAAUGUUUGCCUGGCUUGUUUUUUGGUUUUUUUUUGUUGCUGUAAAUUAUGUUGAGGUUUUUUGACCACUCUUUUUACUGGAUUGUAAUAAAACAUCAGUUCCUUAAAGUUGUGGAGUAAUUAAUGGUCCGUGUGCUGAUCUACAGAGAGAACCCUGAUAUUAAGGCUUUCUUUUUUUCCUGUUUGGAGUUGUUAAAAUCAUGCCCUGUCCUUCCUAAAGUGCCAAUAAAGUUCAGAGAAACUCA